UUAUAAUUUGUCAAACAAAAAAAACCUGUUAACCAAAAACUGAAAAACUUACCCAAAAAAAUAAAAAAAUUAGUUUGCCUUUGCCAAAAAUAAAAUUGUUACACCGCUAGAACCACCUAGCGAUUUGGUUUCUGGCACUGAAUAUUCCUUCCCGGAAUUCCACGGAGCGCAAUCUCAUUCAUCUUUCUCACUUUCUCUCUCCUCUUCACUCCUUUCUCUCUCUUACUUCUACCUUUCUCCCUUACUUCUUCACCCCAUUUCAAUUCUGGGUUUUUCUCCAAUCCACUCAAUUUCAACUGGGUACUUUUAGUUUUUUCGGAAUUCAUUCUUCGUAUUCAUUUUGGAAGCUCGGGGCAAAAUACAACACAAUUGGAUGAUGGGUGAUGAUGGGGUUGCUAAAAUUGAACGAAAAGAAUCAAUUUCAGAUGCUAGUGUUGUUGAAGAAGAAGCUGAGACUGAUCCUGCUUUGCUCAAGAAUACGCCAUCGAAUAUUCGAAGAUUAGCAGAUGAAAUCGAGCAAUUCGAAGGUAGACGGAAGUAUCUUGCCCAAACUAGAAGCCCUUCUGAUGGGGGUGAUGUUAGGUGGUACUUUUGCAAAGUUCCUUUGGGUCUAAAUCAGUUGGCUGCCUCGAUUCCACGUGUGGAGGUUGUUGGUAAAGGAGAGUAUUUUCGCUUCGGUAUGAGAGAUUCACUAGCGAUAGAGGCUGCUUUCUUGCAGAGAGAAGAAGAGUUGCUGUCCUAUUGGUGGAGGGAAUAUGCAGAAUGCAGUGAAGGCCCGAAAGGACAGACUGGUUCAACUACUGUAGAUCUACAAAAAAAUCCUCUAACAUCUGAAUUAUAUGUUGUGGAGGAAGAGAGAGUUGGAGUCCCUGUGAAAGGUGGUCUCUAUGAGGUGGAUCUGGUGAAACGGCAUUGCUUUCCAGUGUACUGGAAUGGUGAGAAUCGGCGCGUUCUAAGAGGUCAUUGGUUUGCACAAAGUGGAGGACUUGAUUGGCUUCCUCUUCGGGAAGAUGUUGCUGAGCAGUUGGAGUUUGCAUAUCGGAGACAGGUUUGGCAUCGGAGGACAUUUCAACCAUCUGGACUUUUUGCAGCUCGUGUUGAAUUACAAGGCUAUACCCCAGGACUGCAUGCCCUCUUUACUGGAGAGGAUGACACGUGGGAGGCGUGGCUGAAUGUCGAUGCUUCAGGCUUUUCCACUAUCAUCAAUUUUGGAGGAAAUGGUGUGAAGCUAAGACGAGGAUAUGCUGCAUCUCCAUCUCCAAAACCAACACAGGAUGAGUUGCGUCAGCAAAAAGAGGAAGAGAUGGAUGACUAUUGUUCUGAGGUUCCGGUUCGCCAUCUAGUUUUUAUGGUUCACGGCAUUGGUCAAAGACUGGAGAAAUCUAAUCUGGUUGACGAUGUGGCAACUUAUCGCCAUAUCACCUCAAGUUUAGCUGAAAAACACCUGACAUCAUAUCAGCGUGGCAUUCAGAGAGUCCUCUUUAUUCCAUGCCAAUGGAGAAAGGGUUUGAAGCUCAGCGGAGAAUCUGCUGUGGAGAAAAUUACAUUAGAUGGUGUACGAGGUUUGCGCACUACGCUAAGUGCGACUGUUCAUGAUGUGUUGUACUACAUGAGCCCCAUCUAUUGCCAGGAGAUUAUUGACUCGGUUUCAAACCAACUGAAUCGUUUAUAUUUGAAGUUUCUGAAGAGGAAUCCAGGGUAUGACGGAAAGGUUUCCUUGUAUGGUCAUUCCUUGGGAAGUGUUCUCUCAUAUGAUAUUCUCUGCCACCAAGAGAAUUUGUCCUCCCCAUUUCCAAUGGAAUUUAUGUAUACAAAGCAUGAUAAAGAAGACGAGACAGCGGAAAAUAUUUCUAAAAUGCCCUCUGAAGUCAACUCCAUGGAUGAUGGUACUAGAACUUUUCAGGAAACUUCAAAUGAAGACAAGUCAGGAGGACAUCAUGUUCCGUCUUUGCUUGAAAAUGUUGACUCUGAAGACUGUCUAGUUUCUGAUAUUAGUCCAACUUCCUUCACUAUUAGAGAUGAAAGUUCUACGCUGAAAGUGAGUGAAAUGCAAGCUGGCACUAAAUCUUCAGCAGAAGAUGGUCAGGAUCACCUUUGCAGUCCUAGCGAUGUGUGUCCAGAAGAAAAUGGAACCUUGAGUGAAGCCUGUGAUGUCAAUUGUGACACCACUGAAAACUUGGAGGCAAAUACCAAUUUGGAUAAUCUCGUGAACCCUGAUGCUUCAGAAAAUGUAGCCGAACCUCUGCAAACGUCAGAUACUAGUGAUGAACACAAGACUAUUCAAGAUCUCAAGUCAGAGGUUGAGUUUUUAAAAGCACGUGUUGCACAAUUGGAAGCUCAACUUGGUUGUAAUGAUACUAGUAGCAGGUCUUUGGAAGGGAGUCAUGAAGUUCAUCCAGGCACCUCAAAUCAAGAUGAAUCCAAAAAGAUUUUGACCAGUCAAAACGAUCUAUCCACGAGUUAUAAACCUUUUAUCAAGUACACCAAGCUUGAAUUCAAGGUACAUACAUUCUUUGCAGCUGGGUCCCCUCUUGGUGUCUUUCUUUCCAUUCGAAAUGUCCGCAUUGGAAUUGGUGAAGGGAGAGAAUACUGGGGGGAGGAGAAUAUAAAUGAAGAGAUGCCUGCUUGUCAGCAGAUGUUCAACAUCUUUCACCCUUUUGAUCCUGUGGCAUAUAGAAUAGAACCUCUGGUUUGUAAAGAAUAUAUCAGCAAACGCCCUGUCAUAAUCCCCUAUCACAAAGGAGGCAAACGAUUGCAUAUUGGACUUCAGGAAUUUGCUGAAGAUUUUGCUGCAAGAUCUGAGUCAUUUGUGAAACAUCUAAAUUCUGUCAAGGUUCAGGUGCUUACAGUUUGUCAAUCAAAGAAGGACAGGCUCGAAGAAGAGGUGGAGGAUGUCAAUGAGGAAGUGCGAUCUUAUGGUUCUUAUAUGAUGGAGAGAUUAACUGGGAGUGAAGAUGGACGAAUCGAUCAUGUCCUUCAGGAUAAAACUUUUCAGCAUUCAUAUAUAUCAGCUAUUGGAGCACACACAAACUAUUGGCGCGACCAUGAUACUGCACUCUUUGUGUUGAAUCAUUUAUACCGAGACAUUCCUGAAUACCCUGAUCAACCAAAGCAUCAGAGAAGCAAAACAAAAAAUGACAGUGUGUCUAAUAGAUUGCCGGAUACAAAAGACAUUGCUGAAGAAGAAUUGCCAUUAACAUUCUCUAGCAGCAAUCUGAUAAAAAAAUCACCCAAGAAAACCAAUACAGUGCGGUAGAGUUAGCUAUGUAGAACUGAAAACUCUGACCAAGAUUACAUUAGGAGUAUAGAUUCUCUCUGUGUGACAACUAUAGGGUUUGAACACUAUAACUGGACAUAGGACUAUAGUAUUCUAGUGUUGUUCCUGUUGGUCAAUGCUGUGUACUCGAGUAUCCUUUGUACAUAAAAACAAAUUUAUGUAGCCGAUAGAUGUAUUAUGUCCAGAAUUUCAGAACGAUAAAUUAACACGUCUUGUAUAUUCCAUGUACAGCCACUUAAUUAUGCUUGUAUUCUAUGUAUGGUCUAUGUAUGGCUGAAAAUUUUCGGAUCAAUGAGCAUAAUCAACAGCUGAUAUA